AUGGUCUAUGAAGCCCAGCGCGAGCCCCUGAGGAGCAUUUACAUCGCUCUGCAGGCAGCACAUACCUGCUUAAUCCUCACGCCAUUAUGGACAAUUUCAUCCAUACCUCGAAUGUUGCGUCCUAGGCUGUCACUCUCUUUAUCAUGUAGAGCUGGUCCAAUCACUAAAGAGCCUGACCAUCGCGCGAUACCCGAUGCUUCAGGAGUCAAGAGCGUCUGGCUCGAGCCUACUCCUCAGCUCCUCGUCGGCGACGUUGCACGCUGGGCAGAGCAAGCUGAUGUCCGCCCUAUUAGUAUUCCAGGAUAUUGGUAUGACAAAGACGGCUGCGAUACGCCAAUCGGUGCGCCCCCGGAAGAAGGCGAGAAGGUUGUUCUCUAUCUUCACGGCAGUGCCUUCAUUGCGCUAUCCGCACAUCCCCACAACUUGACGGGGGCAUGUAUCCCUACGGUUCUACGUCACGCUCCUGCGAAACGCGGACUCGCGGUCGAGUACCGACUCACAGAUCCCGCGUCGAACGCAAAUCCAUUUCCCGCGGCGCUUAUAGACUGCAUCGCUGGAUACCACUACCUCAUUGAUAUAGUUGACUUCGCACCAGAGAACAUUAUACUACUUGGCGAUUCCGCAGGCGGCAAUCUUGCUCUUGCGCUGGCGCGGUACAUCAUUGACAACAUCACUGAGCUUUCAACUCGUAUGAAGCUGCCGCCAACACCCCCUUCCUAUUCCAUGGUGCUCCUAUCGCCAUGGUGCGACCUCGGCACGUCGCACGAGACACCCGGAUCAUCCGCGCUCAAUUUUUGGUAUGACUCAAUGCCUGACCUACACUGCCAUGCAUCCUUCAAAGGUUUUCCGCGGACGUUUGUCGCCGUCGGUACUGCCGAAAGAUUUAUGGACAUGUCUCACACACUGGCACAGAAGAUGAAGAGAGAUUUGGGAGACGCGAAAGUAGUGUACCGAGAGGCACAGGACGCAGUGCACGCCUAUAUGUAUUUACCCUUUUGA